AUGCCGCGCCACCUCCUGAGAAGCCUCCUGCUGCUCUUGCCACUGCUGCUGCUGCCGCCCCCCGCGGCCCCGGGCUCCCUGGCCCGCCGCUCUCCCGCCGCCCUCCCGUGGUCCCGGAGGCUGGGGACCCGCGGGCCAGCGGGCAGCCCCGGGCGCCGCCCCGCUCCCACAGACGCACCCUCUUUGCGAGUCAGCGAGCCCGGCGGGGCCCGCGGCGCAGGUGUUUGCAAGAGCAGACCCUUGGACUUGGUGUUUAUUAUCGAUAGUUCUCGCAGUGUCCGGCCACUGGAAUUCACCAAAGUGAAAACCUUUGUCUCCCAGAUAAUUGACACUCUGGACAUCGGGGAGGCAGACACGCGGGUGGCAGUGGUGAACUAUGCUAGCACCGUGAAGAUCGAGUUCAACCUCCAGGCCUACUCAGAUAAGCAAUCCCUGAAACAGGCCGUGGCUCGAAUCACACCCUUAUCAACAGGCACCAUGUCGGGCCUGGCCAUCCAGACAGCAAUGGAUGAAGUCUACACAGUGGAGGCAGGAGCUCGGGGGUCCAACUCCAAUAUCCCUAAAGUGGCCAUCAUUGUGACAGAUGGGAGGCCCCAGGACCAGGUGAACGAGGUGGCAGCUCGGGCUCGGGCAUCUGGUAUUGAACUCUAUGCUGUGGGCGUGGACCGGGCAGACAUGGAGUCCCUCAAGAUGAUGGCCAGUGAGCCCCUAGACGAUCACAUUUUCUACGUGGAGACCUAUGGGGUCAUUGAGAAACUUUCCUCUAGAUUCCAGGAAACUUUUUGUGCUGUGGACGCGUGUGUGCUUGGCACGCACCAGUGCCAGCAUGUGUGUAUCAGUGAUGGAGAAGGCAAGCACCAUUGUGAGUGUAGCCAAGGAUAUGCCUUGAAUGCUGAUAAAAAAACAUGUUCAGCUGUUGACAAGUGUGCUCUUAACACUCAUGGAUGUGAACACAUUUGUGUGAAUGACAGACCUGGCUCUUAUCAUUGUGAGUGCUACGAAGGUUAUACCUUGAAUGAAGACAGAAAAACCUGUUCAGCUCAAGAUAAAUGUGCUUCUGGUACACAUGGGUGUCAGCACAUUUGUGUGAGUGACGGAGCUGGGUCCCAUCACUGUGAAUGCUAUGAGGGUUACACUCUGAAUGAAGACAAAAAAACAUGUUCAGUACAUAACAAGUGUGCUCUGGGUACUCAUGGCUGCCAACACAUUUGUGUGAGUGACGGGGCAGAGUCCUACCACUGUGAUUGUCACCCUGGCUACACCUUGAAUGAAGAUAAGAAGACAUGUUCAGCCACUCAAGAAGUACGAAGACUCAUUUCCACUGCAGAUGCUUGUGGGUGUGAAGUCACACUGGCAUUCCAAGAGAAGGUCAGCUCAUAUCUUCAGAGACUGAACACAAAACUUGAUAACAUUUUGAAGAAGUUGCAAGUAAAUGAAUAUGGACAAGUACAUCGUUAAAUUGCUCAAAUUUUCACCUGGAAAUGCGGAGAACUUGGUGUAUUUAAUGCUCAUUCAUUUUUUUCAUGCUUAAUUAUCUCCAAUGUGCCUGAUAAUAAUUUGUCAUUACAAAUGCUUGACAUUACUGGAUAAAUAGUUAAAUGAUCUUCAGUUGAAUCAGUUUCUUUUUUUUUUCCAAGGAAAUGAAUGUCCAGAACCUUAUUAACAGCAACUUUUAGUGUCUCUAAACUAUGACUGUGAAAUGUCUGAUAGGAAAUAGAAUGAAAAG